CCCCGCCCCGCUUCACCAUGAUGGUUCCCGCUCCGCCAUCAUGAUCCCCGCACCGCGCUGGACCAAAGUCCCGCACGUCAGCGGGGUCGUCCCCCGCUCCCGGCACGGGCACCGCGCCGCGGCCAUCCGGGAACUGGUGGUGGUUUUCGGCGGAGGGAACGAGGGCAUCGCGGAGGAGCUGCACGUUUACAACACCGUCUCUAAACAGUGGUUCCUGCCGGCGGUGAGGGGUGAUAUCCCGCCCGGCUGCGCGGCUCAUGGCUUCGUCUGCGAAGGCUCCCGAAUCCUGGUCUUUGGCGGCAUGAUUGAGUACGGAAAAUACACCAACAGCCUCUACGAGCUGCAGGCCAGUCGCUGGCUGUGGAAGAAGCUGAAGCCGAGAGCUCCCAGGAACGGCUCGCCCCCCUGCCCUCGGAUCGGACACAGCUUCUCCCUCGUGGGUAACAAGUGUUACCUGUUUGGAGGGCUGGCCAACGACAGCGAGGACCCCAACGGCAAUGUGCCAAGGUACCUGGAUGACUUCUAUGAGCUGGAGCUGCAGGCGUUGUCGGGGGCGAGAGGCUGGAACAUCCCCGAGACCAAGGGAGGAGGUCCUUCCGCCCGCGAGUCCCACACCUCGGUCGGAUGCACCAGCCUCGGUUCUCCAAAACUCUACAUCUUUGGAGGGAUGCAAGGGUGCCGCUUAAACGACUUGUGGCAGCUCGACCUUGACUCGAUGGUUUGGUCGAAGCCUCAGACGAGAGGUCCCACUCCUCUUCCCAGAAGUCUCCACUCCGCCAAUGUCAUUGGAAAUAAGAUGUAUGUGUUCGGUGGCUGGAUUCCUGUCCCGGAGUCACAGAGACAGACUGGUCUCGACUGGAUCUGCACAAACUCCUUAAGUGUUCUCAGUUUAGACUCCAUGAGCUGGCAGAACCUGGCUGCAGACGAGCAGGACGACCUGGAGUCCCAGCUGCAGAGCCAGGGCCCGCAGGUGGACGACCAGUACGCCUGCUGGCCCCGGCCCCGGGCCGGCCACUGCAGCGUCGCCGUCGGCUCCAGGCUGUACGUCUGGAGCGGCCGGGACGGAUACCGCAAGAGCUGGAACUACCAGGUCUGCUGCAAGGACCUGUGGUACCUGGAGACGGAGCUACCCCCGGCCCCAGAGGCCGUGCUGCUCAUCAGGUCCACCAUCAACAUGCUCCACGUGGCGUGGCGCCCCCUGGCGGCAGCAGACUGCUACAUCCUGCAGCUCCAGCCGGCCUGUCCCGCCAGAGCUGGAGUCGGAAACCCGUCUGUGAAACCAGCUGAGCUCUCUGCUGCACGAGGACCUCACGGGAGAGGUGAACAAGAGAGAAAAAUACUGUUGUUUCGGUCAGCCUGUUUUAGUUUUAGUCUAGUCUUUGGGUCAAGCUAUCAUUUUAGUUUUUAUAAGGGUUCUUCACAGCAGCAGAAUGUUUCCGUAAAGUCCUCUAAUGUUCCAGGGGAGACCCGAGCAGAGGGAGGGAACCAGCCAAAAGACUCUGGCCGCGACAGACAAGCUGCUCCCGCUAACGUACGAGGAGAUCCACAGUCCCACACGGAUCAGACUCUGAUCCGUUCCCCGCAGGUUCAGAAGAGUCCUGACGGCUCUCUGUGGUUCGACGUCGGCGUGUUCAAAACGCUCUUCUGCGAGGUCAGCCACUUCUUUUCCCCCGGCGAGCAGGUGACGUCGGCCGCCAGCAACAGAACCCCUAUGAACAAAGAGCUGUUCCCUCACAGGAAGCUGCCGGGGCCUCAGGACUACCAGGGCCGGGAGAAGCAGGAGCUGGUCCCGGGUCAGACCUACAGGUUCAGAGUUGCAGGGAUCAACUGCUUCACUCAGGGAGACUUCAGUCCAGUCAGCGAGUUCAAGACCUGCCAGCCCGGCUUCCCCGGGGCGCCCUCUGCUGUCAAAAUCACAAAGGCCAGUGAUUCGGUGCAGAUCAACUGGGAGGCUCCCUCGUCUCCGUCAGGCCGGAUUCUGGAGUAUUCCAUGUACAUGGCGGUGAAGAAGAGCCGCGCGGCCAGCUCGGAGCGGCCGGGCCAGAUGUCCUUCAUCCGGAUAUACCGCGGCACCAAGACGUCCUGCUCGGUCAGCUCCUCCCACCUGGACAACGCCCACAUCGACAGCUCCGCGUCCAACCGGCCCGCCAUCGUCUUCCGCAUCGCUGCCAAGAACGAGCAGGGCUACGGCCCCGCCACGCAGAUCCGCUGGAUUCAAGAUCUGAUUAAAUUACGAACAUCGACGUCCACAGCAGACAGCGGCGCCGAGGCCGACCCGGACGCCGCUGACAGCUCCGGCUGA